CCGAGAACGUUCACGUCACGCCUCAGCUCCUGUCUCCUCACUCCUGCCCCUGCAGAUUGACCCUGCGUGCAUCACCCACCACUUUGCUCGCUUUUAUUGCCUUAAUAUGACGCGGUGAUUGUUGCCCAAGUCAAUGGCUCUUACUGCAGUGCACACUGCCAUGCAUAUUGAGGAUUCCAGGAACGUGCAUCCCUUCUUCACCAAGACUUCAAAAAAUGAGACAGCAGAGCCGCCUGCGAACAACGCCGACACGAACAGCACCGACCCAAACGAUGAUCAGGACUACAGCGUGCAGGACACCAGUCCGACGGCUGCGAAGCCGCGAAAGAAGCGCACGAGGAAGAUAGUGCAUUCAAAGGACCAGCCGUCGCUCGAAACUUUUGCGCGACGACCAGCUGUUCAGUCGAAUGAAGCGGACGUGAAGGCUAAUGCCGACGAGCCAACAUUAGAAGAAGAUCUAAACCUGGAUCGACGGAAACGAAGAAAGACAGACUCGCCGGAACACAUGACGAAUGCGACAGACGCCGACCAGGUUGCAAAGUGCCCGCCGCUAGAUCUGUAUCAGCAAUUGCAGGCUGAAGCCGAAACCACAGGGACUCAAGAUGUGGUAGACAACGUUAUGGUGGACGUCAUGGUUGCAAGUACACCAAAAGGAGAGACGCCGGGAUCUACACCCCCUAUCGCUCAACAUAUAAAUGAAGAGGCUGUGCCGGAGUCUUCGCUCCCUCAACCAGCAGAGAAUUUGUCGCAGUCUGCCACGCCACCGGACCCCAUCCAUGUCGCAGAUACCGGCAACGGAGACGCGCCAGUAGAAUUUACCGAGAAUCUGCCUGCCAAAGUUACUCCAAAGAAGCAGAUUAAAGUCACAAAGACCGGCAAGCUCGUGUCGAGUCCUCCGAAGAAGGUUGAACCAGCGUCAAUAUUACCGAAACGAAGGGGUCGUCCACGGAAGGCGACAAAGAAUACCAAUUUCUCCUCUACCGUCACCAUCAUUAGGUAUGGCUCAGAUAAGCCAUCAAAGUUAGCUCUUGGCCAAAAGAUCGAUGCUAUUCUUAAUAGUGGCAAGACUUCAAAGAAGGUGUCGAUUGCACCUCCAAAGCCCGCUGGUCCGCCGAAGACUUCUCAUCCCUUUUUCACAGGCAAGGUUGGCCAGAAAAAGGUAGAAGAGCCCGCGAAGCAGGAAGCUGAACGUCGCCCUGUCAUCCCUAGGGUCAGUGCGUGUACUCCAGGAAAGCUGAGAGCAGAAACAAGAAAGGAGCAGGAUGACGAAGACGUGCCAUCAUUCGGCAUGGCCUCGAAAACUGCUCGGCUUGCUAAACAAUCCGGAUUGGUCGAGCCCUCGUGGCCCUCUAGGGAGACAGCGCAUGUGCGCAAUCUCGCACACGAUGGUGCGCAAGAACCGCCACUCAAAUCGCUAAUUACAGACAUGUCAUUGAAGCCUGCGAAGCUUAAGAGCAAUGCUUAUGUCUUGUCCACGGAGGAAGAGAUCAUUACGAGACUGGCGGAGCAGCUGCCGAAAAACUCCGAGAUGUCAUCCAUCGCUGGCAGCCAUCAUUUCACUCCUUCCGAGGACGUACGUCUACCGAUACGCGUACUGACUACGGGAAUCGACAUCCAACGAAUGGUCCGUGCACAUAUACAAGCACCGGUCGAGACUCUGGCACAGAGGCUGUUUGCCAAAACACACCCAGCCAUCAGCACGCUAUUUGACGAAAUCGAGCACACGCUCACGCCUUUCGAUGAAGGCAAAUGCGAGUCUCAGGCGUGGGCACAAAAAUACAGGCCAGGACGAGCAGACCACGUACUCCAACCGGGCAGAGAAGCAGCUACACUCAAAGAUUGGCUAAAAAAUUUGACAGUCAUGGCUGUAGGCGAUCCUUCGAAAGCUGGUGCUCCGACGGACACCAAGAGGCCACCGAAGAAGAAACGAAAAACGGCCGCAUAUGAAUUCAUAGUCUUUUCAGACGAAGAGGAGGAAGACGAGGAUAUGAUUGAACUCGAAUCGAGCAAUGUGUUCACCUCGCAGCAGCCUUCCGUGAGACGUCCACGUUGGACGAGAAACAAAAAUGUGGUUCUGCUCAGCGGGCCUCAUGGAUGUGGAAAGAGUGCAACAGUUCAUGCCGUGGCAAAAGAGCUAGAUUUUGAGGUGUUCGAAAUUCAUUCAGGUGUCCGUCGUUCUGGGAAAGAUAUCCAAGACAAGGUUGGUGACAUGACCGCCAAUCAUCUGGUCAACCAUCAGCGAGGCGACGUGCCAGUCAAACCAAAGCCCACUGCUGUUACCGUGGACAACGACACGGACAAUGAGCGUGAAAACGCAUUUCAGAAAGAUCUCGACAGUGGAAGGCAAGGCACGAUGAAAUCAUUCUUCACAGCAAAGCCUGCGGCGCAACCACAGCCUAAACCGAAGCCGAAAGUUCCGGCUGUAGUAAAAUCACCCGCAAAGAUGAGGACAAUUCCUGCUGCUCAAGCCAUGUUACCAAUGACAGGAACAUCGCGCAAGUCACAAAAGCAGUCACUGAUCCUGAUCGAAGAGGCAGACAUUCUUUUUGAUGAAGAUCAGAACUUUUGGGCACACAUCAUAAAGCUUGCUGCGCAAUCUAAGCGGCCGAUCGUAAUCACUUGCACCGACGAGCUACAAAUCCCCUCUCAAGCUCUACCAUUGGCGGCCGUACUGCGUCUGACUCAACCUCCCGUGGACCUCGCGACCGACUACUUAGUUGCAUUAGCUGGUAGAGAGGGACACAUUCUACAGCGACAAGCUAUCAGCGACCUUUAUAUCUCAAAGGAUCACGAUCUUCGAGCUAGUAUUACAGAGCUGAACUUUUGGUGCCAAAUGUCAGUGGGCGACAAGAAGGGAGGCUUGGAAUGGAUGUACCAGCGUUGGCCGCCUGGUAAGGAUGUGGAUGCAAAUGGUCGUUCGCUCCGGGUUGCAAGCGAGGACACAUACCAGUCUGGCAUGGGCUGGCUGUCACACAACGUUUUGGAAGCCAGAGACAACGUCAUAUUCAACAAGGAAGAAGAGUUGCUGACAGAGGGCUGGAAUGACUGGGGCAUCAGCCCAACGAACUGGAGGGUAGCCUGGAGUGCAGCGGAUCAGCCUCGCAAUGACUCUACCGCUACCGACCAAAUCACCCAGCUUUCCAACCUCGACAAACUGGACCGUUUGGCGAGCCUCUCCGACGCUCUCAGCGCCGCAGACAUAUACUCCCGCAUCGACCUUCCCUCAUACAACCACAUGCAUGACCAACCUAUGGACCCUACCCUCCCUCUAAUAUCCCCCAAAGAACGCCUCAGCUACACAAUCGACGCACCCCUCCUCCAAGCGGAUCCCAAAACCGACUUCCACAACACCGACACCGCCCUCGCAACAACAACACACCUGCUCUGCCACCGCGCCUUCCCGGACCUCACACCACACCACCCCGAGCAAUCCCACACCGCCCAAAUCCUCCGUCACAAAAUCUCCCCCCAAGCUCCGCCCCUCACCCGCUCCACCUUCUCCGCCGCCCUCGACAUCCUCGCCAUCGCCCCCUCGACCCACACCCCCGACACUCUGAUCGCAACCUCGCUCGACCGCCCCUUUGCGCUCAUCACGCUGGACAUCGCGCCGUACGUACGCAGCAUCGUGGCGCACGAGCAGGUGCUCGAGACGCGGCGGGUGCGGCUGGGCAAUUUGCUGAGCGAGGGCGGGCGGCGGCGCGGGCGCACGACGCGGGCGGCGCGGUUGGCGGUCGAGGGCGGCGAGCGCACGAGUAUGAGGCGCGAGAGGUGGUUUCAUCCGGAGUUGGGGUUUGAGAUGGUUAUGCGGACGGCGGGAGCGUGGGCGGGGAUGGGGUGGAGAGGAGAGGACGGGGAAGGGAGUUUGGCGGAGACAAUGCAGAGUGAAAGUUUGGCCGGGACACAGAGGAGUGAGACGCCGGGUGGUUCGCAGCAAGCCGUUGGGGAUGGACGAGAUGUUGAGAUGAUUGUCGAUGCUGAAGUGGAGUGAGGAGAUGCAUGUACGAACAACGCAUUUAUGAAGCGAUGCAUAUAAUU